CAAAGACAAAAAAUACUUGGACACACGUAAGAGAGAGACACAUAUAUCUGCUCAAAUGAGUCAUUACACCUUAUUUUAUUAUACUUUUUCUUAACUGUCUUGUUCCUUUUUUUAGUCUUCAAAUUAUCAACUUUGUUUCUUUGAUCAGCUUUGUCAUCUUGAAAUUAUCAACGUUUUGACUAAAUUUAAAGAACAGUUGUGUUCGUUCGUGCCAUUCUUUUGAAUGCUUAUACGUACAUUUCUUCUUGAAAAGACUUUGAAUCCAAGAACCCGUGAGGAAGUAAUCCCAGUGAAGAGAAGACGACAAAGAAAAAGGAGCCUAUAAAGAUCCAAAGCUUCCCUUGUCUUUAGUUCUCAUCAAAAAAAUUGAAAAACGUUUGGAGUUAUUGAGAGAGAGAGAGAUAGAGAAAGAUGUUGGAAGGCAAAGCAAUGGUGGAAGAUUCAGACAUGCCAGUGAAGAUGCAGAUGCAAGCUAUGGCAUUUGCUUCUCAAGCUCUUGACCUUUUUGAUGUCUUUGACUGUAAAUCCAUUGCUGGUCACAUCAAGAAGGAGUUUGAUGAGAGAUAUGGGAGUGGAUGGCAAUGUGUGGUGGGAUCAAAUUUUGGGUGUUUCUUCACACAUUCUAAAGGGACUUUUAUCUAUUUUCAAUUGGAGACACUUAAGUUCCUCAUCUUUAAAGGCGCUUCUACUCCUUAAUUACACUACCCUAAUCAUGGGGAUGUUUUUUUUUCCUUUUUCUUUUGCUUCUAUGAAAAUCUGAGAAAAAAAAAUCUUGCUAAGACUAUCAAGAUCUUUAGCUUUGUUUGAAUUCUAAGUUUGUAAAUAGGCCCAAGCUAAGAGAGGAAGUUGAUUUCAAUGAUGUAAGAUUUUUCAUUUUUACAAGUGUUUGCUUUUGUGAUCAAUAAAAGUGAAAUGCAGAAGAUUUUUU